UGAUAUUAGAGUAUUACUACUUACUAGUAUUACUGUAUUAGACGAUCUGUAAAAUUCUGUACUUUGAAUCUUAAUAAUGAUCUAUUGAUCUAAAAUUUUAAGUCUUAGUUGUUACUUGUUAAUUAUUUUAUUUGUUAGUUUAAAAAGUUGAAAUAAUUGACCGAAUUAAACCUGGUGGUUUUAAUUAAGUAAAUGUAUUAAAAAAACAAGUGUAGGUACAUAUUUACAUUUUUUUCUAGGUAUCUAACUAUCUAAGUGACAUUAAAGCUUGAAAAAAAUGGCAUUGCGAGUGGCUGUUGCCCGUUUAAAAACAGUUACUGGAGGACCGUCUUUAUUACGUAUAAACAAUACAUUUAGUCGUUUGAAACAUUUCAAUAGUGAGUCACCAUUAGCUAAACAUGCUAAAAAACGUACCAGCACAGUACGUUUAAUAGGCGGUGGUGUGGCCAUUGGUAUCGUAGUUGGAGCAGCAUAUUCAUAUUUUUCAUAUUCAGAGAGAAAAUUGCCUGGUGCAAUAGUAAAUACUCCAACACAAAUACCAAUCUUGAAGACGUUACCUACUGAUCUGAAGGUCACCCGUAAAGUACGACACAAUAAUGAUGAGACAGCCAAUUUUAUUUUAUUUCAGUAUCCAACUUGUCCAUUUUGUUGUAAGGUACGAGCAUUUCUUGAUUAUGUAAAGGUGCCGUAUGAUAUCAUUGAAGUAGACCCUAUUCUCAAACAGCAAAUAAGUUGGUCAGAUUAUAAAAAAGUUCCCAUUCUAUUAGUAAAAUCAAGUAAUGGUUACCAACCACUUACCGAUAGUACAAUGAUCGUAUCUGCUCUGGCUUCUUAUUUAAAAGAUAAAACAUUUACCAUUGAAGAUAUUGCAAAUUUUUAUCCAUCAAUAUCCUAUGUUGAUGUAGACGGAAAGAGAAAGACAGACAUCAUGAACAAAUAUUUUAUAAUGAAUGAAGACGAAUCUGAAAAAUCAAAACGUUUAAACUUUGAAAAUGAAAGACAAUGGAGAAAAUGGUCUGAUGAUACCUUGGUCCAUGCGCUCUCACCAAAUGCUUACCGUACUCUAUCGGAAGCUAUUGACUCUUUUAAAUGGUUUUCAAUAGCAGGUGAAUGGGAAAAAAAUUUCCCCUUUUGGGAAACAAGUCUUAUGAUAUAUGGUGGUGCCUUUAUGAUGUGGCUAAUUAGUAAAAAAUUGAAGAAAAAGUACAUGCUAAAAGAUGAUGUACGUCAAUCAUUAUAUGAAGAAUGUAAUACAUGGGUAAAAGCAGUGGAAAAAAAUGGUGGAACUUUCAUGGGCGGUAAUAAACCAAACUUGGCCGAUCUAGCUGUGUAUGGUACUCUUUCAAGUAUCGAAGGCUGUAUGGCUUUCAAAGACAUACAAGAAAAUACUAAAAUAAAUGUGUGGUUUAGUAAUAUGAAAAAUGUUAUAUAAUAUUGUUCCUAUUGUUGCCAUUUCUUAAAAUGCAUUUACAAAAUAAUAAAUAGAAUGAAAAAGGGUCAGUUAUUUAAUUUAAGAAAAUUAGUUGUUCUUUUUAAUUACACUGAAAGUAUUUGUUUUCAACAAAAACUAGAAAUUUGUUAUUAUAUUAUCCUAGUUAACUUUCAUAAUAUUUUAACUUGUAUGUUAACUUUCCCGAAUCAUACAAGAUAGAACAGUUGAACUGUCCGCAAGUGAAUGUCUUUAAUUUUUUUUGACAUUGCUGCUGUUAAUUAUUUAUUUUAUAAAUAUAUUUAUACUCUACUACUAAUAGGUAUUUCAAUUAAGAAUGAAAAUUAUUCACAGAGCUAUAUUAUUUUUCUUAGUACAACUGUUCAUCAUCAAUAAAAUAAGGUAAUCUAUUGCUUCAAACUAGGUUGUGUAUUUGUAUUAAUGAUAAGUGCCAAUGUAACAUUAAUAAAUCAACAAAUUAUUAUUCAAUUUAAAACUAUGAUCACUUACUAUACACAUUUACAUGACACAAUAUAUAUAUAUAGAAAACAACCUGUAUUGAACUCCUUUUUCUAUUACGAACCGGUCACUGUCGCGCAGCAUAAAUAUUCACCUAGUUAAACUUGAAAUGAAAAUAUAAAACUAACUUUAAUAGUUUUGUGUCCAUAACUUUUAGUAUCUUAAUUUAUGGGUGUAUAUAAAAUAUUUAAAGAAAUAUAUUUUUGUAUAAAAAACAAAGGAGUAAAUGUUUAUCUCUCAUGAGUGAAUGUGGCAUCAAAAACCACGCAAGUAGUGACGGAUUAAUAAAAAACUGUAUUUUA